CAGUGCUCCUGAGUCGGAAGAGAGUCAGUGGCAACGUUAUUCUCUCUACCCUGUGCUCCCUACUCUCCUCUGCUCUUCUCUGCCCUUCUCUAGCUAGUCUGUAGUAGACGUGGUUCUCGACGAGGAGGAGGAGGAAGAGGAGGAGGAGGAGGAGGAGGAGGAAGAGGAGGAAGAGGAGGGAGGAGGGGGAGGAGGAGGAGGAGGAGGAGGAGGAGGAGGAGGAAGAGGAGGACGGGUCUUUCUGGAUCUACUGCGGCUGCGGAGGUCUUUGAAUUUCAAUCUUGAUCUGCGCUCAAUGUAUAGCUGUAAGAAAUAUUAUUAUUGUUAUUAUUUGUUAUUAUUGAACUGAUUGGGUCCUUCUAUGAAGAGCGCGGCGCCGAUUACGUACUGGUGGUAAUUGAGCUGAGCUGUGACAGUCGUUCUCACUCAUCGAGCGCGCUACGCAUCCAAUGACGGCGUCGGGAUCGGUCGCUGGCCACAUUCAAAUCCUCUGGCCGACGGUGCUUUUCACCCAGCAGUAACCAACGACCAGCGCAGGUCGCUGGUCGUACGUCGGUGUGAGCGAACGACCGCUGCUGGCAACCUUGAAAACGACGACGCGAAUCCUCCUCACCGAUCGUUGAUUUAUUUAUUUAUAUUUAUUAUUCUUUUUUUUUUUUUUGCUUUUGAAGUACAGCAUCGUAUCUCGACCAUAAGCGACAAAAACGAAUCUGGAUCUGGAGAGGAAAAUACCAUCUUGUUCAGAUUCUCAACCAUUGAGGACAAUAUCUGGAUCUUGAGAGAGAAAAAAAAAAAGAAGAAAAAAAUACAAUUUUGAGAGGCGAGGGGAGUUGGCGGGCUGGUAAUCGCAAAAAGGGGAGGUGAAAAAAAGAAAAAAGAAAAAAAAAAGGGGAGGUGCACCUGGGCAGUCGCUCAUCAGCAUCAGCAGCGAGCCCCCGCCGCGUCAGCUCUAAGACUUAGAAGAGAGUAGCAGCGGCAGCACGAGCCCGCCCGCGCGCUCCGCGCUUGUCAUCGGCGGAGUGCGCCAAUGUCAGUUCGCUGUGUGCGACACGUUUCCGAAGGUGCGGCACUGUCAUUGGCGGAGUGCGACAGUGGAGUGCGCGACGGCAGCUUUUGACGGAGGAAGCGCCGGGUGAUCGAGGUGGACAGACUUCACGUAUUUAUUUAUUUAUUUAUUUAUUUAUUUUUAUUUUUAUUUUUUAUUUAUUUAUACCAGGCGGACAGAUUUCCGCUUCCGCUCCUCUGACGGUCAGGAAAUCGCCACGUGUCUGGGUCGUCUAGCUCAACCACCACUGCAUGUGCAAUUUUGUCUGAGAAUCGAACACACAACCAACGGCUUAUCAAGCGACCGCUGGCCCAUCAGACACUCUCUGAUGCAGCUAAGCUCCUUCUCCUUAAGCGCCUGCCUGGGCCGCGCCUGCCUGCCUGGCUGUUUUCUUAGUACGGCAGAUACAUUCCGUACAUCAUUAUAGAAUUCCGUAUAUCAGUCAGUAUAAGAUUCCGUACAUCAUUAUGGUAACAAUUCCGUACAUUAUGAUAAAAUACAGUAAUCCAUAUUAAUCAAUCGACAAUAAAGGAGCGGGCGCUAGCACUAAGUGCAGCAGAGAGCGGAGCAGUUGCAGCAGUACUUUGGGGGGACCACCACCUGCCGCGAGGGGCCUCGUUGAUUUUACUCAUCGUUGAGCAGACUGCUUUCCACGGAUGACGGUUUCCAAAACUCCAUUGGACCAAAAAUGCAGGUCUCAACCGUUAUUGAUAGUGAACCCGUCGAACACGGAGGAAAUGAAUGGCUCCGUGGACGUGUUUGACGCGAUGGUAGCCGCGUCGCCUCCUCGCUCCAGCCUGGGAAGUUUUGGGGCUGACCUCUAUGGAGAAAACGCAAUGGCGGCGCAGUAUCGGGCUUGGAAGUCCAAACACCCUUCAGCGCUGGACAGCUUCCAUAAGUUGAUUAAUGCGGGGGAAGGAAAAGAAGUGGUGUUAUUCCUCGACUACGAUGGCACUCUAUCUCCCAUAGUAGAAGAUCCUGACAUCGCCUACAUGACUGAAGGGGUCUAUGAUUUUGUGCAAUUGGCAGAGCUCUAUUAUGCUGGGAGCCAUGGUAUGGAUAUUAUGGGUCCGCCUACAGUGAGGAAUGGCAGUUUGCGAAGGGCAGAGCUCCACAAGAGGAAUGGUACAAGGACAGUCAACGGUCAUUGGUUAAGCGGAGAAGAGAAUGGACAUGUUCACAGGGCGGACAGAGCCAUCGAUGGACAGGCAUUGGAUGCAGAGAAUAGAGUCUAUUUUCAACCUGCCAACAAAUAUGUACCGCUCAUAAAUGAGGUGUCGAAGCGAAUCGCUGAUCAGGUGGGGUCGAUGGCAGGCGUGUGUAUAGAGAACAACAAAUUCUGUCUGUCAGUGCAUUUCAGGAGAGUCUGCCAGGAGAAGUGGGAGGAUCUAGCACAAAUUGUAAAGGACAUCGUCAAGGAGUACUCUUCCAGCUUGCACCUCACUUAUGGGAGGAAGGUGCUUGAAGUCCGGCCUAAUUUGGCAUGGAACAAGGGAAAAGCUGUUGCCUAUCUCCUGAAUGCCUUGGGCCUAGAGUCGGGAAUUUUCCCUGUGUAUAUUGGGGACGAUCGGACAGAUGAAGAUGCAUUUCAUGUUUUGAAAGAGCGUGGGGACGGGUGUGGAAUAGUUGUAUCAACAGUUGCGAAGGCGACACAUGCUACAUAUUCACUCCGAGACCCUUUAGAGGUAAGGGAUUUCCUCCAUCGGCUGGUGGAGUGGAAGAAGGGAUUUCUUCCAAGGCAGAAGGAUGACGCGAGUUGCUUGACGCAUUCCAACCGCGCGAUGUUCUCUAACUACGAAGGCUAUGGCUGCAGCAUUCAUGAUUAUGAAUGAUUUCAUUAUCUGCUAAUAGACAAUGGAGCAGCGGGUUCAGUGACUGUCAAGAUUUUUUUUUCCCUUUCCCCUGCAGCUAUCAAAACGUAAGAGCAUUCAGGGAAAUUGUACAGUGGUCCUUUUUUGCCCGUCGCUUUCGUUGACAAGCAGCGUCGGAUAAAUGAAAAAUUAUUAUGCUUCCGUCCAGGUGUUCAAAUCCUGUCUCUGUUGGUUGGGUUCCAUCUCAGUGGACCACCACAAAGCUGAUUGUUAAUCAUUGAUGUGCAAAGAUUAUAUGAUCAGCAUGCAUCAAAGAGGGGACUAGAUCAAGCUGUCUGCUAAGAAGAUGAAUGUGCAAUGUGCGCAUACCACACAAAAGAUGUCCCUGGUGUGAAGACCAUACAAAGUGCCGCUCCUGUCUCCUCCUCCUGAAGGGACUGCCAGAGACCCCUUGUAAUGGAACUCCUCCUCCCCCUCCCCCUCCUCUCCUACUCCUCCCCCCCCUCCUCCUCCUCCUCCUCCUCCUCCUCUUUUUUUCACUUCUCUGCCCGCUUCUGUUUUCCUCCAGUUGGCAAGUCUGUAAAGAAGGUAGUCGAAGAAUACAUGGGAAGGAGUCCGUAGGGGCUUUUUUCUUUUCGUUCUUUUAUCUUUGAAGGGGAGGGGAGGGGAAGGAUUGUUUUAGUCGUCGGUCUUUCCGAAUGGCCUUUUUUCCUUUCGGGAGGAGUACACUAACAGCCGACACAGGUUUUGGAAGUGGCAAAACCAGUACGGUCAGAAUUCAGCUUGAGGUGCAGCUGCCGAAUCACAUGUCUGCACCAGAAUGUGAACAGACCCAGGUGCAUUCUGACUGGGCUAGUUUUCUCCUUUGAUUCAAAUGCAGGUCCUGCAGGCUAUUUUUCUCCUUCGCCAUUUCUUGUCCCUUUUUCCAGGCGGUGGGGGGUAGCGCUUGGGAGGCAAGAGGAUGACCCAGUGGCUGCUGCUGCAGUUUCAAGUCCAAACUUUGGGGUUGAAAGGAGCAUUCUUUCGAAUCUGACAUUUAAAAAAUCAUUUUUUGUCGCCAAGGAGAUAGAUAGCAUCCCAGUUGCACCAGUGCUCUUUACUUCCUUUUCAAGAAAAGAAUUGGAAAGAUGCUUCACUGCUUUCCAGCAUCAUUUUCUUCAUCAUUUUCUUCUUUAUUUUCUUCAUCGUUUCCUCCUUUUUCCCAACUUUUCCCCUUUCUCUUCUUCUCCUCUUCUCUCUUAUUCCCCUCCUCUUCCCCUCCUCUUCUUCUCUUCUUUUUGUCAUUUUUGUUCUUCUUUUUCCAUGGAUUAAAUUAUGCAUGCACUCUUUCUAACAUUUCUAUUUGUUUUUCUCAAAAAAAAAAAAAAAUCUUACAGUUUUCAUUCUUUUACAAAUCUAUCCCCCCCAAACCUUACAAUCAUGAUGAGGAGCUGGUUGUGGGAUUCCGAGGUACACCAUAUCUGACCGCCUUGCACUUUCUCUGUCUAGGCUGAGCCCAAUGAUCAUUAAUUGCUGUCCACAUCUGUCCAUUAUUAGAAAGGGAAUUAGCUAUAGUUACAAAAGAAGAAAAUGGAAGGGAAAAAGAGGGAAAAGAAAACAAAAAACAAAGGGAACUAAGUAUAGUUAUCGUGCACAAAAUGCAUUCAUCCAUUAGGCAGUGUUAACUAUAGUUACUAUUAAUUAGUAAUUACUAAUUACCAAACAUCAAUUGUAGGCAGAGUUGUGGUGUUUAACUGUACAGAUAAUUGCAGUGGUUCAAUGAGGCAACAAAUAUCUUCACCUUAAUAGAAUGAACGGUCAUUGUUAAG